AUCCUUUUUAUAUUGUACAAAAACAUCACCAUCAUUAUUUCAAUGGAUAAUGUAGAGAGAACAAGAGGUUCAAAAGACUUUGCACCCCCAUUUCUCCCCAUUUCAUUUAAUUUUCUCUAUUUCAACCUGUUAUGAAUACAUACCUUCACGGUAACGAAAGGAUGAUUGCACUCAAAGCCAUUCAUCCUUCUUUGAGUCCUACCAAUAGCAAGAAUGAUAUCCACUGCACAGGGAUCCUCCAAAACAAAAGAAGCUCCAUCUUGGGCCGCUGCAAGUCUAACGAGUCUGAUUUCCAACCCGGUGAUACUCGCCAACAAGAGUUGCUAGCACAAAUUGCCAUGCUUGAAGCUCAAAAGAUCCGCCUAAUGGAUUAUGUAGACGAGCGGUCCGCAUAUUUGACCCAAUUUAGCAAAGAAGCCAUAGUUGAGUUUGAGAAAAUUGGAGAAGAGGCCCUCAAAGGAUUAGAUGAAGCUGAUGCCAGAAUAACAGCAAAGAUAGAGCGCCAAAUGCUGGAAUUCGAAGAAUCUACAGAACUUACCAGACAAGAGAUUUCAAACCGUGAAAACGAGCUCGAGGAGUUUGAAGUUCAAAUGGAGGACAACAGAAACGAAGGCUUGUUCUUCAAGAACCUCAGAAAGAAGGCCCCUGUUGAUAUUGCACAAGCCAAGGUGGAAGCACAAAAGAUCAAAGAUUUAACCAGAGAAAAAGCUGGUGGCAAAGCCAGGCGGUAUGUUUACCUUUUCUUCAUUGCCUUGUUGAGCAUCGGAAUAGUCAAGGCUAUUGCUGCUUUAUCCUCCACUGAUUGGAGAAAGGUUGCAGUUCUUUUUUCUAUUCUUGUGGCUUUAACUUCUCAGUUCAUCUACGAACAAAACAUGUCAUUGGAAACUGGGAGAACGAGAAAGACUAACAAUGAGGAAAAUAACUGAAGUUCAAUUUUACUGUGAGGAAAAUACCAUUGAUGCAUUGUGUGUGAUGCCAAUAAACCCAAGUGAGGGCUUACAACUUGGGACUAAUAACAUCACACGGCUUUGAUUUGGCAUCAACAAUAGCUGAUUUCGGUGAUACAACUAUAAUCACCAAACCCAGAGUAACAGACUUACCAUGUGAUGCUGAUGAAGUUCU